AUGAAUUUUCUUUCAUUAGGAAAAAUUUCAAGAAAAGUGAAUCAAUUUGAUGAUGCUGAAAAAUUUUAUCAACGUUUAUUAAAAGAAUUACCAUAUGAUCAUUCAAAUAUAGUUGAUUGUUAUUAUAGUUUAGAAAUUAUUAUUGAUGAAAAAGGAGAUUAUGAAUCAAGCUUAGAAUGGCAUGAAAAAUCAAUUGAAAUUAAAAAACAAACACCAAAAAAAUGA